AUGCUACUUCAAGAACCUUCUCUGUCUUUUUCCCUUUAUCUUUUUCUUUUCUAUACCUUCCCCUCUCUUUUUUUUUCCUUCUUUCACAUCUCGUUCAUUUUGCCUGUUCUCCCUCUACUCUUCCCGUCUAUCUCGAAUUCUCACCUUUUUUCUCUCUUUUUCAGUCUUUUUGUCGCCUUCUGCUCUCACGUGCUAUCUCCAUCGACCCUUCCCCCCAUUGUCUUCUCUUUCUUUUUCCCACGUUCCCCUUCUCUUUCCUUUUUUUCUUCUCGUUCAUACUUUCCUGCAAUCUCUACCUCCACUCUUUCCUUCUAUCUCUAUUCUCACCCUUUUCUCUUAUUUCAUGUCUCUCCUUGUCAUCUUCCCUCUCAUUCCUUCCCCGUCUCUCUUUCUAACCCUGCUGCUGCUGCUGCUGUUGCUCACGUGCUCUCUCCAUCGCUCCUUCCCCAUUUCUUUCUCUUUCUUUGUUGCACAUUCCCCCCUCACUGUCUCUUCUCUUUCCUUCUUUCUACUCUCGCUCAGACUUUCCUGCAAUCUCUUCCUACACUCUUCCCGUCUCUCUCUAAUUCUCACCAUUUUCACUUUCUCUUUCUUUCUCUCUAUCUUUCUCUAUCUCCCUCUCUCUCUCUCUCAGUCUUUCUCCUCUCCUUGAAACGUAUUUCCUAUCUCUCCGUGUUACCUUCGCUUUCAUUCUUCCUCGUCUCUUUUUAUAACCCUGCUGCUGCUCUAACGCUUUAA